AAGAUUUCAAAAAGGAAUGGCCAAGAUUCUAAUGCUGAAGCCCAGCUGCAGCAGCAACCAUUAUCUAACCACUGCAUCAAUUCUCUCUCCACAAAACGCCGCCGUUUCACUAACAAAAGCCACCAUGGCUAUGUGCUCGAGCUUUUGCCCUCGAAUAAAUAUCCAAUUUCGAGCCAAACCCACUUCUCGUUUCUCCAUUAAACCCCAAUUCUCUGUUCAAUUUAAGGCUUUUUCUUCCCAAGAUUCCAAUCCUCCCCCCAAAGAUGAGGUGCCAACUCGCAUCGGCUUUUUGGGUCUCGGAAUUAUGGGUUCUCCGAUGGCUCAAAAUCUCAUAAAAGCAGGAUGCGAUGUUACUGUCUGGAAUAGGACCAAAAGCAAAUGUGAUCCCCUUGUCUCAUUGGGUGCUAAAUAUAAGUCCUCUCCCGAGGAAGUAGCUGCCUCUUGUGAUGUCACAUUUGCCAUGCUGGCUGAUCCCGAAAGUGCAGCGGAAGUUGCGUACGGAAAGCAUGGAGCUGCAAGUGGUAUGAGUCCCGGAAAAGGUUACGUAGAUGUUUCCACCGUCGAUGGUCCCACCUCCAAAUUGAUCAGCACACGCAUCAAAUCUUCCGGAGCACUAUUUUUGGAGGCACCGGUUUCGGGUUCGAAGAAGCCGGCUGAAGAUGGACAGUUAAUUUUUCUUACAGCAGGCGACAAAUCCCUAUACGAAACAGCUGCUCCGUUUUUAGAUAUCAUGGGAAAGUCAAGAUUUUACCUUGGAGAUGUCGGAAAUGGUGCUGCAAUGAAACUCGUCGUCAAUAUGAUUAUGGGAAGUAUGAUGGCAUCAUUUUCCGAAGGAUUGCUUCUCAGUGAGAAAGUAGGCCUCGAUCCAAAAGUGCUCGUCGAGGUUAUCACCCAAGGUGCGAUAAAUGCACCAAUGUACUCGAUGAAAGGUCCUUCGAUGGUUCAAUCUCUAUACCCCACCGCAUUUCCGUUAAAGCAUCAGCAGAAGGACCUUCGACUUGCUCUGGGAUUGGCUGAAUCGGUUUGUCAGCCAACUCCGAUAGCGGCGGCUGCAAACGAGCUGUACAAAGUAGCCAAAUCUCGUGGUUUAAGCGACGAUGAUUUCUCGGCUGUCAUUGAAGCACUGAAAGGGAAACUGGAUAAAUUAUCAUAGAAGAAUUCAUUCAGCUUUAUAUUGAACUAUAAAGCAUGGAAUUUAUUUUUUUGUUUUUUUGGAAGAAAACGUGCCUCAUUUUGCAUUUUUUAUGUUACCAUUUUGCCCUUUACCAUCUGUGGAAAAUAGCAACAAUUCAAAUACAUUUUAUGUCUUCUACAUUAAAUUAGUGAAUUAAGUCGUCGUUUGCUUAUUUA